AUGGAGCUAGUCAAGCCACCGGAGCAUCUGCAACUUUCCGGCUCAUCCAACAACAUCGCGAAGCAUUGGAACCUGUUUAUCCAGAAGUUCGAACUGUUCCUACAAGCGACAGCAUCUCCGAAAGAACCAAGGUCAGAAGCUGUCAAGGCUGCGCUGCUGCUGAGUGUUGCUGGCGACAAUGCACUUGAGGUGUUUAACAACUUCACCUUUCUUGAGGCGGAACGCAAGGAUGAUUACACGACGGUCGUGCGGAAGUUUAAAGAGUACUGUGAAGAACAGCAAAACGAAGUCUAUGAGAGGUACAUUUUCCGGUCAAGAACCCAGGACGAAGCGGAGCCCUUUGAGCAUUUCCUGCGCGACUUGCGAAAGCUGUCCCGAAGCUGCAACUUCGCUGAAUUAACGGAGUCAAUGAUCCGUGACCAGGUUGUAUUCGGUGUACAUGACCCCAAGUUGCGGGAGAAGCUCCUCAAAGUAAAAGACUUGACGAUAGCCAAGACAGAACAAAUCUGCAAGGCUGCUGAACUGUCUAGCAAGCAGAACGAGGCAUGGGCUCAGGCGGAAAAACAGGUCGCGUCGGUAAAGAAGCGUCCGUUUAAAUGCAUGAAAUGCAACCGCUCGCACGAACGUAGUAGGUGUCCCGCGUUCGGCAAGACGUGUUUUGUAUGUGGUGGCACCAAUCAUUUUGCAGCGUGUUGCAAGAAAGGGUCUACAGUAAGCGAAGUGGUCAACGUGCAGGACACUUUCGACAUCCUUGAUGUAAAAACUUGCAAGGUGAGAAGCUCGACGGACUGGAUCGUAAACGCUAAAGUGGCCGGCCAGGAUGCCUUCUUGAAAGUAGACACAGGCUCCCAAGCUAACUUGCUGCCUUACUCGGUCUAUCGGAAGUGCAAAGGGAUGCAAAGUUUGAAGCCGAGCAGUUCCAUUCUGCGGUCCUAUAGCGGUGACGCUAUCAGUCACUUCGGUGUUGCGUCGUUACCAGUCACCAUAAAAAAUCAGGCUGGGAGUUUCGACUUCUUUAUAGUAAAAAAAGGCCACCAGGCAAUACUCGGACUAUCUGCAAGUGAGGCGCUUGGACUGGUCGCGAGGUCGGUGGAUGCAGUCAACGCUAGCGCUGCCGACGAAAUACUGCAGGAAUUUCCUCAACUCUUCCAAGGAACAGGCUGUGUCGCCCGCCAGUAUCGGAUGGUACUACGCACUGGUUCGAUACCUGUAGUCCAGCCAGCGCGGCGCGUACCCUUGACACUACAAGAACCACUGCGGGAGGAGCUGGACCGCAUGGAACGAGCCGCCAUCAUCACGAAAGUGACAGAACCAACGGACUGGGGAAGCAACUGCUGCUGGCCGACAUGCUCUCAAGGUCGACGCCCAUCAACCACCCAGCGGACACGAGUGGCUCGACAGAAGAAAUAGAGGUUCACGCCGUUGGUGCAGUCUCGGACCUGGUAAGCAGAAAAACCCUUGACCGCUUAGUUGCCGCAACUGCAAGUGACCCGGAGUUACAAAAAGUGAUGCGCUAUAUCAGCGGCAGCGGCAAUCUUGAUGGCUGCAUGAAACCUUUUGCUACUGAGCUGUCACUAAUAGAGGGAGUGGUGCUAAAAGGAACCAAAGUAUUGGUUCCAAAGUCGAUGAGGAACGAAAUACUUCAACGUAUACACGAAGGGCACUUGGGCAUAAACAAAUGCAAAGCACGAGCCCGACGAUUGGUGUUUUGGCCCGGAAUUAAUGCAGAUAUUGAAACGAUGUUGAAAAGUUGCGCCGUCUGCCGAAAGUAUGCAUACAGGCAACCAAGCGAGCCUUUUAUGCUUAGACCAACGCCGGGCCACGCUUGGUACAGAGUCGGCGUUGAUAUCUUUCAGCAUGGGGGAAGCUCGUACUUGUGCGUGUUCGAUGCGCAGUCAAACUUCCCGGAAGUGGAAAAACUGGGCGACACCACGUCGAGCACGAUCAUUGCCAAAUUGAGCUGCAUUUUUGCGCGAUAUGGAAUCCCAGUCGAAGUAUGCAGUGACAACGGCCCCCAGUUCGCGUCUUACGAGUUUGCCACCUUUGCGUCCAGGUACGAUUUC